AUGUCAGACUUAAAUGAUGUCCAAGAAAAUGCUAAAUUGAAUUCGGAAACUCGGAAUACAGGAAAGGCUGAACCACCUCAUGGGACAACUGAGUAUGUGGCAGAGGCAGAAAUUUCUAAGAAUGGAGUUGGAUCGCCAAAAAAGAGCCCAAAAAAGGGUAAGGUUGGAAAGGGGGACAAUAACAAAGUAGAAACUGAGUUAGUACACACAGCCCUGUUAGAAAAAGACAACCCAUUCAUGGAGGAGGGGCCAACAGGAUUCACAAAAUCAGCUUUAUUAGAAAUACCCGGUAUGAGAAGCCAUAACCUAAAGAACCCGAAUGAAGAUUACGAGGAUGACUCUGAGGGAUUAUUGCCUUUAAACCAAGAAUCGAAUGCAGAAACAUGUAGAACAAGUCUUAGUGGAAGUAUUAACUCCAUGAACGGAGAGACCUCUGCGUCAGAAGAACCUUCUGUAAGUAAUAGAAAGAAGUCCGCUAGGAUACACAUACUUGAAGCGAAAAGAGUUUCCGAAGGUCAAGGAAGAGCCUACAUCGCCUAUGUUAUUCAGUUUGAAAAUUCUACCGUUCAGAGACGUUACAGCGAUUUCGAGAGUUUGAGAAGUAUCUUGAUAAGAUUGUUUCCUAUGACGUUGAUACCGCCGAUUCCAGAAAAGCAGUCAAUAAAGAAUUAUGGUAAGUCAAUAACUGGUUCGAGUUCAAAGUAUUUGCUGCCCUCAGAAGGUUCUGGUUCAGUAGAUCUAUCAUUGUCUGUGAUACAUGCGUCGGUCAAUAAUAGUGAUGAAAAGUUAAUACGGCAUAGGAUAAGAAUGCUCACUGAGUUCUUGAACAAACUUUUGACGAACGAAGAAAUCACAAAAACAUCUAUAAUUACCGAUUUUUUGGAUCCUAAUAACCAUAAUUGGCAUGAAUUUGUUAACAGUUCGUCCACUUUUUCAUCUUUACCGAAGAGCAUCCUCCAGUGUAAUCCACUAGAUCCCACUAACACCACUAGAAUUCAUGCCAUGUUACCAAUACCGGGCUCCUCGUCACAGUUAUUGUUGAAUAAGGAGUCCAACGACAAAAAAAUGGAUAAGGAAAGAAGUAAGUCGUUUACUAAUAUUGAACAGGAUUACAAGCAAUAUGAGAACUUGUUAGAUAACGGGAUUUAUAAGUAUAAUAGACGAACCACGAAGACUUAUCACGAUUUGAAAUCGGAUUACAAUGAAAUCGGUGAGGUAUUUGCACAGUUUGCCCAUGAACAGGCUCAAGUUGGGGAAUUGGCCGAACAGCUUUCUUACUUAAGCAAUGCCUUUUCGGGGUCCUCGAUUUCUUUAGAAAAAUUAGUUGGAAGACUAUACUACAAUAUAAAUGAGCCUUUAAAUGAAUCUGUUCAUAUGGCAACUUCUGCAAGAGAAUUGAUCAAAUACAGAAAAUUGAAAUACCUGCAAAAUGAAAUGAUUAAAAAGUCUCUGAAUUCCAAAAGAGCACAGUUGGAGAAGCUGGAAGCGCAAAACAAUGAAUAUAAGGAUGUUGACAAAAUAAUUGACAACGAAAUGUCUAAAAGUCAUACUAUUAAUCUGGAACGCCCUAAUAAUAAUACAGGUAGCGGUGGGAAAUCAUAUGGUGGCAAACUAUUCAAUGGAUUUAACAAAUUGGCAUCAAUGGUAAAAGAUUCUGUGAAGUAUCAAGAAACAGAUCCGCAUACCGCAAGUAUCAAUUUGAAGAAAGAAAUUGAACAACUGUCUGAAUCAUUGGAAGUUACUGAGAAUGAUUUGGAGGUCAUUUCAAAAGUCAUCAAAAAUGACCAGCUACCUAAAUUUUCUAAAGAAAGGGAAGUAGAUUUAUCAGAAAUUUUAAAGCAUUAUUCCAGAUAUAUGAGAAAUUAUGCCCGUCAAAAUUUAGAAAUUUGGAAAGAAGUCAAAAGACAUCAAGAUUUUGCAUAG